GUUAUUAUAAGUUCUCUGAUGAAGAGCCUUUUAAAACCACCUCAUUCACAAUAAAUUUACAUUUGACGUUUGCACAAAAUGCCAUGUUUUAUCUGCGGUGAAUGAAACUGGCAGUGACGCAUUAAAAGUAUUUUCUGCUUUUAGCAGCCAUCCAGAAUUUUUCCUACAAUCCUCGAAUCAACUCGUCCACGGGCGGGAAUUUGAAGUACGUUAUUUUGUCAACAAAUAAUAAACAACAUUACUAGAUUAGAAAACAAUUGGAAUAAAAAAAUAAAGUGAAGUGAAUAAAUACGAAAUCUUAACCAACAAACGCUAAAUACAGGGAGGCGAGCAUUAGCCAAUGUCCAUUGCAUCACUUACGCACGCUGCUGUUAACGUUAAUUAAUUUAACAGUUUUCUUCAGAAGUUAUUUCUCAAAAAAAAUUAACUAAAAGAUUUAUUGACUAAUAUGAGCGACGGUGUAGAUGAAAUUACUGAGUAUAUCGAAUAUGAGUUUACCAACAAUUGCGACUCUGUGGAAGGAGAGGCUUUCAUAUACGAAGAGGAAGACGAUAUUGAAGUGGAACAGCUGGAAGAUGUGACAAUAAAGCCUGAAUCGAUUAUAAUGGAGGUAAUUGAGGAGGAUGACACUGAACAAGGUUACGAAGUAACCGAUGACCUUGUCGAAAUAGUACCAGAAAUCAUGCCUGCCUCCAUUGAGUAUAUUAAGGAAGAAGAAAUUGUACCUAAGGUAGAAGAAGAAACUCCUCCACCUGCUCCUCAAAAACGUAAAGGCGUUAAACGUUACCUUCUAUUUGACGAUCUUGUGGCCAACAUUGUCGACCACGAUGCUGAUGGUAUCCCCAUUGUAGAAUUCACUUUGUCCAGUGCAGAUUCUGAUGAGAAACUGCCUGUAGAAUGCGGCAUUUGCCCCGAUGUUAUGCAUAAAUCCAAACUAUCAGCGCACCUUAAAACACACCUUGUUCCCGGUACGAACCGCUACGCCUGCAUUUAUUGUAGCAAAUCAUACAAAGAUCACAGUUACUUGGCUGGUCACGCGCGGCGUCAUAUGGGGAUAAGGCCUUAUGUAUGUGAACCAUGUAAACUAUAUUUUUCCACAAAACAAGAUUUACGUGUGCAUAAUCAGCGACGACAUCAAGAGAAAGAACAUAUUUGUGAAAUUUGUGGUAAAACCUUUUCGCAAAAUACAAUGCUAAAGCGGCAUCGUGAGUCCACGCAUGAGAAAAUGCGACGCUUUCAAUGUGAACAUUGUCCGAAGGCGUAUUAUAAAAAUUUUUCGUUACAAGAACACGUACGCAAUGUACAUAUGGGUAAUAGACGUAUGUUGGUAUGUCCGUUCUGUGGCAUGCAAUGUCGAGAUGCACAUAAAAUGGCACGGCACCGAAAACUAUUACAUCUUAAUCAAAAAUACUUCCAUUGUGAGAUUUGUCAAGAGGAAUUCACUGACAUUAGUUACUUUGAUGCACAUAAACGCUCCAUUCAGUGUCGUAACAACACACAGCGAAAACUAGAAGAGGAGCGGUUAUUACAACAACAACAGGAAGAAGAGGAUUUAUUGCUGCAACCACAAGAAAUUGUAGAGCAAACUGAGGAAUCAGAAGAUCAAAAAGAAUUUCAGUAUGUAACGCAACAGCCAGAUAUUGUACAGUUGCAUGCGCAACCGGAUGAUCUUUGUUAUGAAAUAACAGUGGUGAAUAGUGAUAAUUAAUCAAAUAAAAGAUAUAGA